AUGAAUGUGCUUUCGUAUAUGUUGGAUGUUGCUGCUAGUCAUAGGCUGUUUCAAUUUCAUCAGAAGUGUCAUCGUGUCAAGUUUACACACUUGUGUUUUGUUGAUGAUAUUCUAAUCUUAUCCAAAGGUAACUAUGAUUCUAUUAUGGACAUUUGGACUGUGUUGCAUGAAUUUUAUGUUUAUUCAGGGCUUGUUUUUAAUGCAUCUAAGUUUGAAGUUUUUUCUACUGGAAUUGCUAGGGAGGAAUUGCAGCUUAUCGUGGAAGAGACAGACAUAAAGGUGGGUCAUCUCCCUGUAAGGUAUUUAGGCAUUCCUCUUAUCACUAGGAAGCUUUCGAUUGCUGAUUGCAAGCCGUUGAUGGACAAGAUUAAGGAUAGGUUUCAGACUUGGGUUGCUCGGAAUUUGUCUUAUGCAGGCAGAAUGCAGCUUAUUCAAGCUAUUAUUUUCAACAUUCAAAAUUAUUGGAGCAGGCAAUUGGUGCUGCCGAAGAAGGUGGUGCAACAAAUUAGUCAGCUCUGUACUCGGUUCUUUUGGAAGAAUUGCAAUUCUUCUGCCAAGGGGGCUCGGGGGGAGAAGAUUCCUUGGCAUAAGGUGGUGUGGUUUGGUCUUCAUAUCCCUCGGCAUUCAGUGAUAUCUUGGAUGGCCAUUUUGAAUAGACUGUCUACUAGAGAUAGACUUGUUUCUUUUGGUAUUCGGGUUGAGGAAGUGUGUGUCAUGUGUGGAGCUGAUCAGGAGACUAGGAAUCAUGUGUUCCUUGAUUGCCCUUCCUCAAGGGAGGUUUGGACUUUGAUCUUGAGAGCUUGUGGCCUUGAAAGGCAGGUGGUGGACUGGGAGUUUGAACUGAGUUGGGUGAUUCAUCGAUUUAAAGUUAAAUCUCUUCUUUCUGUGUUGUUGAAAUUGGCUUGGAAUACAAUGAAUUAUUUUAUCUGGAGAGAAAAGAACCGUAGAAUAUUCCAGGGGAAACAAGGUUCUAUGCUGGGGGCUGUUGCCCAAGUGCGGGAUGUUCGUUGGAGGCUGUUUGGCAAAAACAUUAAGGUGGUGUUUGGUUUAUUAGAAUAUUUACGAGGAAAUUAA